AUGCGCAAGCUAAAGUGGCGGAUCACAGAUGAGAUCCGUACGAUAGCCAAUUAUAAAUGCCGUAAGGCUGUGACGCGUAUCUGUGAUUCCGUGGUGGUGGUCGCAUUCUACACCGAAGAUAUUCCGGUAAGCGGCGGUCCUGAGCAGUUUGGCGGCCUGCCGGGUAUGAUCCUGGAGCUUGCCGUGCCGCGGUUGUACACAACCUGGCUGGCAACAGAAAUAUCGGUAGUGACCGUGAAGAACCCGGAGGAGGCGCCUUUCUCAAAAGGUAAAAAAAUAAAACAGAAUGAAUUGGUGGGACUGCUGCAAAAAAGCUUGAAAGACUGGGGCAAAUCCGGGACCAGGAAUAUCUGGUGGAGCUCGCUAUAA